AUGACAACUGCGUCUGAUGGCAGUUCAAUGCCACCAAACUCGAGUGAUGGAAAUGUUUCGGGAUCUGAGGCGGAUGCUCAUAGCAAAUAUUUCGAGAUCGACCGCGAUGUAUGUCGGACGUUGAACGAACAAAAAAGUAUCGUUGACAGCGGCACCACAAACAUACGGCUGCCUGAUGAACUAUUUAGACGGGUGGUGAAUGAAUUUAAAAGUGCCGCGCAGAAAAGCAACGUCUUGAUAUUAGACGAGUUUUGGUACCAUGGUGAAGCCGCUUGUUGGCCAGAACCACAAGUAUGGUCGCUUCCUUGGCUGGCGAUAGAUUUGCUGGAUGGUGACGCGGAAAAUCAAUAUUUCACACUAGAAAUUCCUCCUCAGAACUACAUGCGGGUGGUGUCGGCCCGCAACAGUACUGGCGGAAGCGAAACGUUCUCAGAGUUUUGCUACAAGUUGGGACUAGAAGCGGGUGGUACGGAGACUGUGCUCGGGUACACAGCGAUGGAGGGAUUCGAGGUGUUAUUCAAUAGAUCCGCCGGCUGGAUCGGUUGGAAGAGCUCGAAUUGUGGCCCUAGUCCAAGGAUCAGCGGGCCACACAAUACUUCGGUGUCGUUGCUGAUACAGUGCAAGCUCAUUGAGCCUGUCUCCGAUGUGUCCAUAUCAAUAAAGGCAGCGCAAUGGACCCUCUUUGUCAUAUCAAUGAUAGCUUUAGGCGUUCUAGUUUAUUUGCUCGCGCCAUGUGUAAAGAUGAUGCUAGCGAAACCAUUACCCAGAACCCAACAGAUUUCUUUGUCGCAGGCGGCUUUGGUGGACCAAGAAGGAACC